AUGCUGGUGGAACGCACCUCAUACGCUUGGGCGUUCGCGGACGACAUUCCCGGCUCGAGAUGCGACGCAGAAGAUGGUCCCUGGCCACGAGCAUAUCAGAUUCUCGAGAACGAUCAGGUCUGGCGGGAAUUGAGCAUGCUCGCAAAACCGCAGACCUCGUACUUUGAUGGGGGAUUUAGGGCGGACAGUCUGAACUUUCAGCCAUGUCACAGAACGCGUACGCAGGACCGGUACGUUUCGAGGGAGCUGGAUAUCCAUGGCAAGAAGUGGGUUUUCACUGGUGUCUUUGAUGGUCAUCUAGGAGAUGUAACGGUGGAACACGUGUCGCACCACCUUCCUAUCAUCGUGUCCGAGUUUCUGACCGGUGCAUUUCGACCGGGCGAGCCACAAACUUCCACGCCAGAAUUCAUCAGUAACCUAUUCACCCGCUCAAUAGAAGCUUUUGACGAGGCUAUAGCCCAGGACGUUCUGGGGCUCUUCGGGGGAAGCAUUGAAUAUCUAGCGAACUAUACGGACGCUGACAUCCGGCGGAUAAUUAACGACCAUGGCCCAAACUAUCGCAAGGCCAGGCUUUGUAUGUACGGCACCACCGCUCUAGUCUCCCUCGUCGACCCAGAGCACACAUCUCUAUGGGUAGCUCAGCUAGGUGACUGUCAAGCUACGCUUGUGACGUAUGACGAGAAGAUGUCGACGUGGUCCGUCGAGAGAUUGACGCGCGAGCAGAACGGGGGGAACGACGAGGAGAUUGCGCGGGUUCGAGCGGAGCACCCUGGCGAACCUGAAUGUGUUGUAGACCGCAGAGUCCUCGGCGCUCUGGCUCCAUUCCGAUGUCUGGGUGACAUACCCUUCAAACAGCACCCAGACUUCAGCCGGCGAAUUCUGUACAACCUGCUGCCAGGGUUCCACGACACUGCGCCGUGGGAGGAGUUCCUCGUGCGGAAUCUGACUCCGCCGUACAUCUCGUCGACGCCCGAGAUCACGUAUCGGCGGCUCGACUCGCUGCAGCACUCCCUGUCCGCCACGCCGACGCGAUUCCUGAUCCUCGCCUCCGACGGAUUCGCGGAUUUGUGCAAGGAUGAAGUUCAGGAGGAGGAGAUCGUGAGGCGGUGGGCGCACGGACUGACUGCGCUGACCGGAGGGGGGGCUACGGAUGAUUCGUGGACAUCCGGUAAGCACGUAAGCGUACGAGGAUCGAACAACAUGGCGCUGCGAUUGUUGCGUGAGGCACUGGGUGGGGACGACCACUUCAGUGUCUCCAGGGUUCUUACCCUUGAUAUGGAUACCGCUUGGAUCGACGACACUGCUAUCAUUGUGCAAACGCUCUGA